CACUGUAACAAAGCGGGACGCGCUCAGACGCUGACGGGCCGUGAUGCUGCGCUGUUUGCGGCUAAAUGACUGGAGUUGGCGCUGCGGCGCUUCAAAGCCUGAGCAGGCUGCGGAGGGAGAGCAGAGAGCGCACAGUCUGCGCUUCACACGCUGUCUGCGGGUGCACGACAGGCUGCACACACUCAGGAACGAUGAGACUGAAUAUUCUGAAAAAUGUAAUUUGCUCACCGAGUUUAUGGAGAAACACAUCAGAUGUGGGCUUUAAGUUUGUUUUUCUUUAAGCAGAAACAGAUUUAAGUAUUUUGGAUAAAUCAUAAAGGCUGGUAUUGUUAGAUGAACCAAGGACACAACCAGGAUCUCCAUCAUGGAUGCGACUCUGCAGGAGUUUGAUCCUGCGACUCCCAAAGCUCUGUUGGUGACCUGUGCCACUCUGCUCUUCUCCCUCCACCUGUGUCGGUGGCUCCGGCACCGGUCGGUGCUCUGUCCUCCCGGUCCUCCCGCCUGGCCGGUCGUCGGAAACGCUCCGCAGCUUGGCAGCGCACCGCACUUGUACUUUGCGCGCAUGGCGAAAAAAUACGGCAACGUCUUCCAGAUCAAAUUGGGCAGUCGGGCCGUGGUGGUGCUGAACGGAGACUCCAUUAAACAGGCGCUGGUCAAGCAGGCAGCAGACUUUGCCGGUAGACCGGACUUCACCUCCUUCCAGUACAUCUCCAACGGGGACAGUCUCGCGUUUGGCACCAACACGGAGUGGUGGAAGGUGCACCGCAGAGUGGCCCAUUCCACCGUGCGCAUGUUUUCCACCGGGAACCCGGACACCAAGAGGACUUUUGAACAUCAUGUCCUCUGCGAGGUCAGAGAGCUGCUGACGCUGUUUGUGAGGAAGACACAGGAGCACCAGUACUUCCAGCCCAUGACCCACAUGGUGGUGUCCACGGCCAACAUCAUGAGCGCGCUGUGCUUUGGGAAGAGGUACUCUUAUGAGGACGAGGAGUUUCGGCAGAUAGUGGGCAGGAACGACCAGUUCACGCAGACUGUUGGGGCUGGGAGCAUCGUGGACGUGAUGCCCUGGCUCCAGUACUUCCCCAACUCCAUCAAAACCAUGUUUGACAACUUCAAGAGGCUCAACCUGGAGUUUGGGAUGUUCAUUCAAGAUAAAGUUAUUCAACACAGAAAAACAAUCCAGUCGAGCACCAUCAGAGACAUGACGGAUGCUUUAAUAGUGGCGCUGGACCAGCUGAGAGAUAGAACAGGGCGUUCAUCUGUGAAGGACUACGUUCCUCCUACAGUUGGGGAUAUAUUUGGAGCAAGUCAAGACACAUUGUCAACAGCCCAGCAGUGGAUCGUCCUCAUUCUGGUCAAGUAUCCUGAGAUCCAGGCCCAUCUGCAGCAAGAGGUGGAUAAAGUGGUGGACCGCAGCCGUGUCCCCUCCAUCGAGGACCAGCCCGCGCUGCCCUACGUCAUGGCCUUCCUCUACGAGGUGAUGCGCUUCACCAGCUUCACCCCCCUCACCAUCCCCCACUCCACCACCACAGACACCUCCUUCAUGGGCUACGUCAUACCAAAGAACACAGUCGUCUUCAUCAACCAGUGGUCCGUCAACCACGACCCGACCUUCUGGUCCCACCCAGAGACUUUUGACCCCCUGCGGUUCCUGGACCAGGCCGGCGCUCUGAACAAGGACCUGACCAGCAGAGUGCUCAUCUUCUCUCUGGGUAAGCGGCGGUGCAUCGGCGAGGAGCUGUCCAAGCUGCACCUGUUCCUCUUCACAGCCCUCAUAGCACACCAGUGCAACAUCACUGCAGACCCGGCCAAGCUGCCAAAACUGGACUACAACUACGGUCUGACCCUCAAACCUCAUGCCUAUUCUAUAGCAGUGACUCUGCGUGAAGAUAUGACCCUCCUGGAUGCUGCUACCAGUCAGUCGUUAUCUGAGGAGGUGAUGGACAAGCCCUCAUUAGACUCACAAACAAAAGAAUAAAUAAACUCAAAGCUAUAGUAAGCAACAAAAAAAAAAAAAAAAAAAAUGAAGGCUGAAACAGAAAAACUGUGGAACUCUGAGCCAUGUUUGUGGCUGAAAAAUAUAUUUAUAACCUGAAAUCUCAGGCUAAAAUCUUAUCUUGUGCAUAUUGGGUUAAACAGUUGAGAAUGAUUAAACAGUUGCAGUUCCGGACCUAUUUCUGACAGAAGUUUCACAGUGUGUUCGCAGCACAGCAGCUCACUGAGGCUGAAUCUCUAACUUCAAAUGCAGUCCAACAUACCACAUAGCAAUUCAUUAUCUUCUUCUGUGGAUUAAUCAAGGUGGAGGACUGCAGUCAGCUGCUCAUCACCAUCUCAGCCUGAAGAGCUGCUGUCACACAUCCUGUGAUUUUUGUGUGAAUGCUCCUGCUGCAACAGUUUACUGAAAAGUAGAAACUAUCCAGGAACACUGUAGUGUUUUCUCGUCACAGUUCCUAAUAGAUGGAAAUAACUUUUCAACAACUUUUCAGGAAUCUCUUAAAUUAGUUUUAUUCAUGUUUUUACACAAUAACAGGAUCCAAACCUUUUCUAAUGCCAUAUAAAAUUUCUUAAAAUGUACAAAAAUAUGUAACAUUUGAAGGUAAAGACAAAAAACUGGAGAUUUUUACGUGACGAAAGUAAUGUGCCAAGGUCAAACUCCUGACCAAUGAACCGGUGAAUAAGCUCAUGGUCAGUUUUUAAGCCUGAUGUCUAUGUGAGGCUUUAAAGCAUAAAAUGUUUAGUACUAAUGUGUAGUUGUUGAUGUAAAGUAUAAAACUGUAGUUACUCAGGAAUAAGGCUUAUAAACAGCCCAAAACUAUUUGAACUAGAAUGCUUCUGAAAGUCUUCUAAUAUAUUCUGAAACCUGCUGUAGAUGAAACAUAGAGCAUACAGGGUAAACCAAGCAGACCUGCUGCAGGUGUCCAUUGCUGUCGGUAUGAAAAGACUAUUGUCAGAUCAGUGUUAUUUAGCCAUUUAUUCCUCUUUUUUCAACUUUGAAUGUUGUUAACUUCCAAGGAAGCCCCAAUACCCCAUCUGGUAAUUUCCAUUGCCAAAACCCAAAUUAUUUCAUGUUGCUUUUGUCUUUUAAAGUUUAUUUUAUCUACAAAAACAUUAAUGUUGUCAGAUUUAGGGUUGGGUCACUGGGGCAAAUCUGUAUUGUGUUUGUGGACUCAUCUAACUGCUGUCUCAGCAUGAGAGACUAAUGCACUGACUGUAAAGUCUUGGAUUUGUUGGAUUCCUGCUAAAGCAUUUUGGAAUAAUCUAAAUCAGGCUAAUCUUUGAAAUAAUAGGCGAAUUUAAGAAAGUGUUCACAGAUCUGGUAGAAGUUAUUUGUCUCAGAGAAUCCCUGUGUCUGGAAGUAAAAAGCAGAAACAUUCAGUGAGAUCAGAGAAACAUUGCAUGAGCCACUUUAGCUUUUCCAAACUAAAAACUAAGCAAUUGUUAACUUCCACAUACUGAUUUUGUCACAGUUUAAAUGGACAUAGUGAAGAGUAAAGUUACUAUUGAAAUAACAUCUUGCAGAAGGGUGGCACACGUCAUGUCAUAAAAUACCUAAUACAGUCCAUGAAAUACCUUUAUUACAUACAAUAAUGUGGUGUGCAGUAAGAGUGGAGAUAAAUAUCGAUACAGCAACAUAUCGUAACACGUAAUCAUUGCACUGGUGCCAAAUCAGAGCGUUAAUUCAUAGAACUGACAUGUCAUUGAAAUUUAAUACUCUGACAACACACACAAUUCCACAAUGCAGUUUCUAAAAAGACAAUUUCUGCUUUUUGACUCUUUAUGGGAUAUCUCUUCUUCUCACUUUACACAGACAUUGUGAUUUAUUAUAAAUUAUUGCCUUGUAAUGUACUGAGUAUUGCAGAAUCUCUGUAUUGUAAUAUUGUGAUAUAUACACACUACCAGUCAAAACUUUAGACACACCUUCUCAUUCAAUGGUUUUUAUUUAUUUAUUUUACACAUUGUAGAUUAAUACUGAAGACAUCAAAACUAUAAAAGAAUACAUAUGGAAUUAUGAUGGAAACAAAAAAGUGUUAAUCAUCAGUAUUAAUCUACUAUGUGGAAAAUAAUACAAAUAAGUAAAAAGCAUUAAAUGAGAAGGUGUGUCCAAACUUUUGACUAUCAUUCAAAAGUUUGAGGUCACUUAGAAAUGUCCUUAUUGUUGAAAGAAAACCAUUUUUUUCAGUGAAGAUACCAUUAAAUUAAUCAGAAAUACAGUCUAGACAUUGUUAAUGUGGUAAAUGACUAUUCUAGUUGGAAACAGCUGAUUUUUAAUGGAAUAUCUCCAUAGAGGUACAGAGGAACAUUUCCAGCAACCAUCACUGCUGUGUUCUAAUGCUACAUUGUGUUAGCUAAUGGUGUUGAAAGGCUCAUUGAUGAUUAGAAAACUCUUGUGCAGUUAUGUUAGCACAUGAAUAAAAGUAUGAGUUUUCAUGGAAAACAUGAAAUUGCCUGGGUGACCCCAAACUUUUGAACAAUAGUGUAUAUAUACACUACCAAUCAAAGGUUUGGACACACCUUCUUAUUCGAUGGUUUUUAUUUAAUUAUUUUCAACAUUGUAGAUUAAUACUGACGAAAGAAUAUACAUGGAAUUAUGUUCUAAACAAAAAAAAUAUUAAUCUUCAGUAUUAAUCUACAAUGUAGAAAAUAAUACAAAUAAAUAAAAAGCAUAGAAUGAGAAGAUGUGUCCUAACUUUUGAACGGUAGUGUGUGUAUAUAAUUUUUAUAUAUAUAUAUAUAUAUAUAUAUAUAUAUAUAUAUAUAUAUAUAUAUAUAUAUUCUAUCAAGUAUUGCACCACCAAAUCAUUAAUUAAAAUACCUUGUUUGCUUCUAUUCACAGCCCUUAAUUUGGAUAGUUUACUAUCACCUAGUGUCUAAGAUAAUCAACAUGAUCAAACUCAGGAUGUACCUCAAAUUUACAGUAACUUUAAAUGUAAGGCUUCAGUCAGAAUAUAGUGAUUGAACAAAAAAGGUAUUUAGUCCUGUACUUUAGGCUUCGAUCUACAUAUUACCGCAGCUGUCAUGUUCUCUACUCUGCUCUUGUUUGGAAUGACGCUGUAGAGUUGCAUAAUAAACUGACAACAAUC